AUGCUCGCUCAAGUUGCACUUGUCGUUGGCCUACUCCCCGCGGCGCUUGGCCUAAACAUCCUCUUCCCUGCCUACUUCUGCGGCGAUGGCAACGACUGCUUCACCCAGAGCUGCGCUCAAUACGACCCUAUAGUCUCCCAGGCCCAAGCGCACCCGAACGUCGACUUCUAUACCAUCAUCAAUCCCGACAAUGGUCCGCUGUCGACGUCCGAUCUCUACCCGAACUAUGCGACCUGCAUCCCAGAGCUGAAGAACGCUGGGACCAACAGCUUCGUGCUGGGGUACGUUAGUACAAAGAACGGGAACCGCGCCGUGAGCGACGUAGAAGCGGACAUCGAUACGUAUGCCUCCUGGUCGACUUCCUAUCGUCCCACCGGCAUCUUCUUUGAUGAAGUGCCCGAUGGGGCUAAGAAGGUCAGCCAGUAUGCGUCGUACGCUACGUAUGCACGCGAUGCAGGCUUCAACUUCAUCGUGUUCAACCCCGGAACGACCGCGAACUCGGGAUACUUUAGCCCGGCAGACCUCGUCGUCACAUUUGAGGAUUUGUACUCCUCCUUCGCCACCUCGGACCUAUCGAUCACCUCCUCGACGCCGGCUGCAAAGCAGGCCGUGAUACUGUACAACGGCCCGUCGACCGCGCCAGCCUCGCUCAUCAGUCAGCUUGGCUCGCUCGGGAUCGGUGCUGUAUUCAUCACGGAUGAUACACUGCCUAACCCGUACGACACGGUGCCGACGAUAUGGGCGAAUGAGGCUGCUGAUGUGGCAGCCGCGUAA